UCUCCCUCUCUCUGCCCCUCCCCUGCUCGUACUCUGUCUCUCUCUCUCUCAAAAAUAAAUAAAACAUUAAAAAAAUAAGAUAAAAAUAUUAUUCACUUUAUUAUUUGCUCUUUGGGACAUAAGAUAUGUAAACUUCAGAAAUACAGAGUUGGUCCGAAAUAGGCCAGGUGUCAGUCUAUCUACUUUUAUGUUAUAGUCUUCCACUGUAAUAGAUACUAUUUAUUAAACACUUCCUGUGUGCCAAGCUAAGUGCUUUACAUGUAUUUAUUAUCUCUUUUAAUCCCCACAAUUAUGAGGCACAUACGUUUAUUAUUCUGUUCUACAGAUGAGAAAAUUGAGGCUCAGAGAGACCGGGUGAAUUGUUGAAGAUCACACAGCUAAUAAAUAGCGGCACCAGGACCGGAACUUGGCCCACAAGGAUGGAAACGGACUACCUGAAGAGGUGCUUUGGAACCUGCCUGGGCCAGGCACUGGCAGAGGUGGCGAAGGUUCGGCCCAGUGACCCCAUAGAGUACCUGGCUCACUGGCUUUAUCAUUACAGGAAUACCUCUAGAGCAAAAGAAGAGGAUAGCCCAGAGAAGAUCCGGCAGAAGGAAGAAUAUGAUAAUAGCCUCAAAGAAACCGAAAUGACAGAAAUGCUGAAGCAAGAAGAGUGUCAGAUUCAACAGAAGUAUGAUAAGUGUCACCAGCCACUGGUAUCUGUAGCUAGCUCCACAAUGAAGACUGUAUUCAUACAAGAGAACACAAAACCCGUUGAGGAGGAUGGCUUGAGGCAAGAAUCUUGGCCAGGUACUUCCAAUAUGGUUCCCGGAAUGCCUCAAUAGAUUCCUUCUUGAGAGACAUCUGGCCAGGCUGACUGCAGUGUUGAAACUCCACAAGAAAUAAAUUCCUAGGCUUUUCGGCAUAAAAUUGCUCCCAGAAUGCAUCCUGGCUCCAAAUCUCCUUAAGUUAUCAAAAGGUGGCUGAUUCUCAGGAUGCUUCUCUCAAAGCUACAAGCUCAGAAAGGGGCCAGCUAGGGCUCUGACUGAAGAUGGUAACUGUGUGAAUUAAACCAAAAUUUGAGGGACUGUGGAGGGGGUGUCUGCAGGGACUCUCCAGCCAAAGUUCUGUUCUGAUAGCCAUGAAAACCCCUUAAUCAUGUAAACAUUUCAACUAGUGAUAGGAUAAAAUAAACUCAUGAGGAUUUCAAAUAAGUAA